AGCUUGCGGCCAUUGAUGGUGCAUAUCAUUCGAAGUGAAGACAGAGUGGCACCAUUUUUAUAUACAAAGUUAGGUUUCCUUUUGUUGCCCUAAAACGAGCACUCUUAUUUUUUUCCUUUUUCUUCAGUUCGAAGGCAGUGCUUCUCGUACGUUUCGCGAGACAGUGGUGAAGGUUUUAAAUUCUUUUUGUUUCGCACUUCUUAUAACACACGUGUACACGAUUUACACUAAUAAUCCCAACGGAUACUAAAAUAACGCAAACACACACACACACACUUUACUUGGGAGAGUUUCGCGAAUCACAAUGGGAAAUAAGUGCAUGAAAAGUAGCGAGGUGGUUGAGAACCGCAAAGCUGGAGACAGCAACGGCGAGCCGCCCAAGAGGGAGAAGAAGGCGCACAGCAAGAGCGACAAGUCCAUCGCAUCCCCGCCAGCCACUACGUCGUCUCCGCACAAGAGCGAUGAAAACACGCCCAAGAAAACUACGGUUGUCAAGAACAUCGAGGCGCUCCAGCACUCGUUAAAGCCCACUGUUUCUGUUAUUUCGACGGCGCUGCGCCACGAUGAGUUUCGUCAGUUCACGCCCAUCUUUGCUACUGGAAAAGCCGCGCUGGCGGUGGCGUCUUGCACGCGGGCGAAGCGGCCGCAACACGUCCUGGCUGCCGGCGAGGACCGCAGUGUCGCUCUGCUGAACUACGAGACGGGCCACGUAAUGCGCCGCUGGGUGCACGCGCACCAAAACGAUAUUAACUGCAUUACCACUCCCACUUCCUCCGGCCUCUUCGCGACGGCGAGCCGCGACAGAGUUGUGAAGGUGUGGGACUUCACUUCAGACGGCAGCGUGACGGAGCUGCAAGGCCACACGAUGAACGUGACGAGCGCCGACAUGAGCCCCGACGGAUCUUUAAUCGUGUCGGGCAGCAAGGACAACACCGUUCGACUCUGGGACGUUGAAAGGUCCGAGGAGCUGUACUGCGGCGAUGUCAAGCUGAACGUCGUGCACUUUGUGGCCUUUAUGCCGUCGAUGCAGUGCGUCGCGCAGGGCGGCGAGGAUCUGGCGGUGCGGCUGUGGGACAUCCGCACGCAGAACUCCCACCGCAGCCUGCAGCUGUCCAAGACCAUAGAAGGGAUGGACUACUACCCGGUUUGCUGCGAAACCGUCGCGAGCAACUCAAACAUCCUGUUGACUGGCCACAACGGCGUGAACGGGUGCGGGUCGUACGUCGCGGAAUGGGACAUCCGCACCGGCAAUCGGAUUGCGCUUUACCAAGGGCAUCAGGCCAGCGUGUCGAGUGUGAGGAUGGUGUCUGCCGACGUGUAUGGCAAAGGAUCCUUUUUCUCUGCGAGCGACGACGGCACGUUUGGCGUGUGGAAUUUAGAGGAUGGGGAAAGGAAGGGGGAGGUGCACCUCGCUGUAGAUCAUCAAUUCCGCCUCCCGGAAGGCCGCGUCACGUGUUUUGAAGCCGAAGAAAACGGUGACACCGUUAUUGCGCUCAACGAUGGCUGUCUGGUGGUGCUGCGGCCCGUGUCGAGGGACGGGUCCGUGGUGCCCUCCUUCCGACUUCGAUAUGUCGGCAUCCUGAAGUCGCGCACGUAA